CCCUCGGUGCGCCUGCGCCGCGCUCCGCCGCGGGGCGGCCCCGCCCGCGGGCGCUCCCCGCCCGCCCCGCCGGGCCGUGCUCGGGGCUGCCGCUCCGCCGCCGGGACCGCGCUGAGGGGCGGGCGGCGGCUGUUGGACGCGGCGAGCGCCCCGAGGGUUCCACCUGGUGCCGCCUGGGGCGUGGCGGGGCGGUGACCAGCACGUACCGGCUCCUUCUUCCUCGGAGCAGCGGGGGUGGAGAGAGAGGGGCUGGGGGAGGUCCUCUCCGCCCCCGUCGGAGGGAGCGGAGCGAAGCGAAGCGAGGGGAAAGCAUGUGAAAAUUGUGCCUGUUUCUUCAGAUCUGUGGACGUGAGUUUUACACUGGAGGUAGAGGCAUCAUUUUUGACACGCUUUGCAGAGUGGAGUGGUCCUGACAAGCUUCUUCUGGUGUCAGUAACAGACCUUUUACCAUGAGCAAUUCUACUCCAGCUACAGAUAAUGAGAAGAAAAAAGGUAAAGGAAACAGAUCACCAUAUUCCCCUUCACGUGUCCUUCAUAUUCGUCAAAUUCCAAGUGGUGUUACCGGAGCAGAAGUUGUUUCAUUAGGUCUCCCUUUUGGCAAAGUAACUAAUCUCUUGAUGCUAAGAGGAAAAGGUCAGGCAUUUUUGGAAAUGGCUUCUGUAGAUGCUGCUGUUUCUAUGGUGAACUACUACACUCCAGCUACACCUCACCUCCACAAUCAGCCAGUUUAUAUUCAGUAUUCCAAUUACAAGGAACUUAGGACUGACAAUCAACAUAAUCAGGCUAGACCCCAAGCUGCAUUGCAAGGUGUGAAUGCUGUGCAGCAUGGAAACCUGGGUAUUACAAGUGCUCUUGCUGCUGAAGGUGGGGUCCUUCCAAGUCAUGGUUCCGUUCUUCGAAUUGUUGUUGAAAAUGUUUAUUACCCUGUCACUUUAGACAUACUGUAUCAGAUUUUCUCUAAAUUUGGCUUUGUCAUGAAGAUUGUCAUGUUCCAUAAGAACAAUCAGUUUCAAGCUCUGCUCCAAUAUGCUGAUGCAACGAAUGCAUAUUAUGCCAAAAUGUCUCUGGAUGGCCAUAGUAUCUACACUGGGUGCUGCACUCUGCAUAUUGAUUUCUCCAAGUUAACUAAUCUAACGGUGAAGUACAACAAUGACAAAAGUAGAGAUUUCACUCGCGUUGACCUUCCUUUUGGUGAUGGCCAACGAACUGUGGAGACAUCCUUAUCUACUCCCUUUGCCACCCAAAAUACUGUCUUUCCAUCAUAUACAGGACCUCCUGGAUUUGCCCCAGCCUUGGGCUUUCCUCAAGGAACAGGUCCUUCUGUUCCACCUGUUCCUGGAGCACUUGGUCCUCUCAUGGUCACCUCAUCAGCAGCGCCUGGACACAUGACUGUUCCUGGUGUUCCAGGAAACUCCGUUUUACUAGUCAGCAACCUCAACCCCGAAGCCAUCACACCUUAUGGACUUUUCAUCCUAUUUGGUGUGUAUGGUGAUGUGCAUCGUGUGAAGAUCCUGUUUAAGAAAAGAGGAAUUGCUUUGGUUCAGAUGGCAGAUGCAACCCAGGCUCAAUUAGCUAUCAACUACUUGAAUGGACAGAGGCUUUAUGGAAGGGUCAUGCAUGCUACUCUUUCAAAAUAUCAGACAAUUCAACUUCCUCGUGAGGGACAAGAGGACAAAGGUCUGACAAAGGACUAUAGCAAUAGCCCUUUACAUCGCUUUAGGAAUCCCUGCUCUAAGAACUUCCAAAAUAUCUUUCCUCCAUCUGCCACCCUGCAUCUCUCCAACAUCCCGCCUUCUAUUACUGUUGAUGAUUUGAAGAAUCUUUUUACAAGUAAAGGAUCUACUGUGAAAGGCUUCAAAUUUUUCCAGAAAGAUUGCAAAAUGGCUCUUAUUCAACUGGGCUCUGUGGAAGAAGCAGUUCACGCUCUCAUUGAGCUUCAUAAUCAUGACUUUGGAGAAAACCAGCAUCUCAGAGUUUCCUUUUCAAAAUCUUCAAUCUGAAUUUUCUGUGAAUUUUCCCUUUAAGAUUACAUAAUGGUUUUAGUAAAAUUUUCAAAUAAAAGACCGAGACAGCUGUGACCAGUUUUGUGUCUUAAAAGAAAAAUCUCAUUAAUACACAAAGAAUUAAGUGAUGAUUUUUUCUGAUUCUAGCUGCAAGUAUGUCAUCCAUAGAAAGAUUCGUCUGUGAAAUUGUUUUAACAACAAUAUUUAUCAUCAAAUUCCCUAGUUAAAAUUAUAUUUUGAGAACAUUGUUUCAGCUUUUGUUUGACAUCAGCCUUACAAAACAAUUUGGAGUGCUUCUACAAUGUACCAAAUGAGUCUAUUUAAUGAAAAGGUAAAUCUACUCUGUGCACAUUAAACACUAAUUUGAAUGUGAAAUAGUGCUUGGGUUUCUUGAAGGAAAGCAAACAGUAACUGUGAGUAUCUUCUAAAUAGUAUUUAUGUUACAAGGUGUGUGUUCAUACUUUGGUGAAUCUUUACAAAUAACUUGUUUAUAAAAAUAAGAGGUCUGUGCUGUUCUUAUAGAUUAAAUUAUUAGAGAAGAGGCAGUGCCUUCUCUCUGUAGAAUAAAAGGUAUUUGACAAGUUUCUUCAAGGUGUGGUAUUGGAGAAUUAGUUUGACUUGACUGUGGAUUGGAAGUUUGAUGUCCUAUUUCUACUAGGAAGGGGAUGUGUAACUACCUUGGAGAAAACAAAACAAGAAAAUAAUCUUGAUUUAAAAUAAUUUUUUACAUUUCUCUAAAUAAUUAAAUGUUUGCAAUCUUGUGGAAGAUAUUCAGGUCUAUGAUGGUUUCGCAAUUUUUAAGAAGUUAUUUUUACUAAGGUUAUCUUUCAGGGCAGAAAAAUUGAACCUCAAAGUUUUUUACCACUCUGAAGUCUAAUACUUAAAUUACUGUGUAUUUACCUAAUUUCUUGUUAUGUGCCUUACUAUGUGUAUAUGAAAUGAAUGAUGGGAGCAUUAUCUGAAGUAUCUUGCAAAAAUAAUGUGGGCAUUGUGAAAAUUCUCCUCUUGGUCUUUUUGAAAAUGUUUUCCAUGAUACUUCAAGAUAUAUUUUUUCAUUAAUUAAACUUUGAAUUCUAGUUUCUUGUGCUUUCAUAUGGAGAUUGGAUAUAGGUUUCAUUUGUUGUGAAAUCACCUAGGGAUUCUUUAAAUUUACAUAGUUGCACUUCUCUACCGGUAGUUCUUCACUGAUAGAAAAAAUAUACUAAAAAACCCAAACAAACCUAUAUAGGAAGGCCAAACAGCAAAUCCAGUUCAUCUGGAUUUCAUCUGACUUUUUGAGAGACACUGGCUGUAUCAGAAUAUUCUCUUUUGGAUUUCUGCAUUUCUUUAUUUUUAAUACUUUACAGUAUUAAACUUAAAGUAAUAGAAUGCUAUCAUUCUUUCCUUUGUAAAUAUGAAGAAAUAUUUGAUACUGAAUCUUGAUUCGUAUUUGGGGAAUAAGCUGAGAUGCAGUUGUUUUGCCAUGAGUGUACAGAUGAAUACUCAUGACUUCUGACCAUAUUUUAAAAGCUAAAUUUCCUAGGGUUUUUUUCAUAUAAAUUAAUUGAAAAUUAUUUUACCACAUUUUAAGGACUGAUUUCUUUCAAACAUGGCAUUCAUUUACUUCUAACUAUUGCAGAAUUUGUUUCUGCUGUAAUAUUUUGCCACUCAUAACUGGUUUUUUUCAUCUGAAUUGUUUUUGCAAAAUCAGCUUAAUAGUAGCUUGCCAGAUGGUACCUUGAUGUAUGUAAAUUGAUUACAGGUGUAGUGUUAAGGAAACUUCCCAGUCUGACCAUCCAGGAUCCACUCUGGCAGUCACUCUUGCACCACCUAAACUGGGACUGAGGCUACAGCCCCCACAUUCCCACAGUCAGAAUAGGUUUCCUUACUGGAUGGACCCCAGGUUUCCCACAGCAGUCUCAGGCAUCCCAACCACUAAAAUAAUUUCAUCACAGUGCAAUAACAAACUAACAGCUCGAGCUGGUGUCUCUGAGAAGGGACCCUGAACAAAGGAACCCCUGGGCUUUUAUCCCCUCACAGUCUAAGCACAGGAAGGUCUGGGGUCAUCAGCUCCUGCCGGGUCUCGGUGUCCCCUGGCUGUGCCGCAGGUCCCCAGGCCCUUGCUGUGCUGAGGGUCGGCUCUGCACGGCCUCUGUGCCUGGGCUGCACCAGCCAGAGCUCACCCUGCAGCUCCCACUGCAGCUGCACCACGAGCUCCCGCAGAGAAGGUGCAACCAAUCUGACUGCACAGAUGUAGCUAUAGUAAGUGCUGUACAACACAACUGUAUAAAUAUGCAGAAUGUACUAUGUACUGGAAAGUUCAACUGGCUUAGGAAUAAUAUUCCCCUAAGGGAUGUUUUGGAUUUCACAGAGUGGUAUGGGUUGAUCUUCAUGGUUCUUACAGUCCCAUCACUCAGUCUGUCUAGGUCCUUCUGGAUCCUUUCCUUCCAGGUGUGUUGACUGUACCACACAGCUUGAUGUUGUCAGCAAAUUUGCAGAGGGUGCAGUUGAUUCCACUGUUCAUGUCACCAACAAAAGUGUUUAACAGCUCUAGUACCAGCUUAUCCUUACAAAACACUGCUCAUUAUUGGUCUCCACUUGGAUGUCAAGCUGUUGACUACAACUCUUUGAAUGUGGCCAUCCAGCCAAUCCCUUUUCCAGCUAGAGGUCCACCCAUCAAAUCCAUGUCUCCAGUUUAGAGACAAGAAAGUUUUGUAGGACAGUGUCAUGCAUUGCACAAGUCCUGGUAGAUGACAUCAGUUGCUCUUCUCUUAUCCACCAUUGCUGUAACUCUGCUGUAGAGGGCCAUUAAAUCUGUCAGGCACGAUUUGCUUUCAUUGAAGCUAUCUACUUCAUAAUCUUACUGGGAACCAAGGUGAGACUUCCAGACUUAGAGUUCCCUGGGUCUUUCUUAUUUUCCUUUUUACAAAUGUAGGCUAUAUUUCCCCUUUUCAAGUGAAGCUUUAGCUUUCCACUGUUCCAUAGACUUGGACUGCUCAGAAAACCUCUUUUCCUCCCAAGCUAGAUAUUGCUACUUCCACCCGCUGUAGCCUUUCUUUUAGUGUUUAUCUAGGAGUUCCUUGUUCAUCUAAGGAUAACUUCCACUUUGUUGAGAUAAUCACUCCUGAGCUUGGAGAAGGUGAUCCUUGAAUGCCAGCCAGCUUUCUUGCGUCCCUCUUCCCUCCAGUCCUUUAUUCCAUACUAUGAGGCAGAUCCCUGAGGAGGCCAAAGUCUGCUCUCCUGAAGUCCAGGGUAGUGAGCUUUCUGUGCACCUUCCUUGCAGCCCUAAGGAUCUCAAAUUUCAUUUGUGGUCCUUGCAGUCAAGACUGCUCUUGAGCUUCACAAUCCCCACCAGCCCCUCCUUGUUGGGAGGAAAAAGGUCCAGCAUAGUACCUCCUGUCCUUGGCUCCUCUGUCACUUAAGGAAGGAAGUUAUCAUCGAUGCAUUCCAGGAAGCUUCUGGAUUGUUUGCUUGCUCCUGUGUUGACAGAUAUUAGGGUGGUUGAAGUUUCCCAUUAGGAAUAAAGUUUGUGAGGCUGCUCCUCUCUGUCUGUAAGGGGCCUCAUUUUCUCUGUCUUCCUGGUCAGACAAUCUGUAGCAGACCCCCACUAUAAAGUCACCUGUCCCUUACCUGUCUUUAAUCCUGACCCAUUAACUCUCAGUCAGCUUCAUCCAUUCCCAGGUGAAGCACCACAAUCUGGAGCUGGUCACUGACAUAGGGGGCAACACCUCCUCCUUGUCUACUAGACUUCUAUUCUUUCCUGAAGAGCCUAUAUCCUUCGAUUCCAACACUCUACUCUUUGGAGCCAUCCCACUAUGUGUCCAUGACAUACCAAUGAGGUCAUAGGCAUGCCCGUGUCUCUAACUCUUCUUGUUUAUUCACCUUCUUAUGUCUUAUUGCAUAGGUGCUUUGAAGUUCAGACUCAAUGAAGUUGACUUACUGGCUGGAGUAGCUGGAAUUCCUUUGUUUUGUUCUUCUGGUGCUUUUCUGCUGACCUGUGAUCCCUCUUCAGGCACUGAACAUCUGUUGCUGGCACUGGCACCAGACUGAUGGGAGUGGGAUGGACUGAGGCUCCCUUCCCCCUGGCAUCUUUAGUUUAAAGCUCUUCUCAACAGCUUGGCAAGCCUGUGGCAGAAGAUGCUCUUCCCCUCUUCUGACAGCUGGACCCUGUCUGCCCUCUGUAGACCCAGUUUCCAAAAGUGGGUCCCCUGGUCAAAGCAGCCAAACCCAUGGCUGGGACACAGCCCCAGACGCAUUUGUUGAUUCACCAGAUUUGACUGGCCCUUUCAAACACCUUCCUGUUGGCUGUGUGCAUUGAUGAAAAGACUGCCUGCAGAAUCUAAAAAAAAUUUAACUUAGGAAAAAUCUGAAAGUAGGUAUUUAUUAUGUUUGCUUUUUGGUUUUGUGGUACAAGUGUUGUGUAUCUUUUUUGAUUCACCUUUAUGGUUCUGGUUUUGCAACUAAAUUAUUCUUGUCAACGUACUUUCAGAUACGUGUGUAUCUGAAAGAUUCUACCUCUUAGGGAGAUUAGCUUUUACAAGAUAUGCAGAAAAGCUUUGAAACUUGACAGUACAUCUUAACAUUUUCUUAGCAGCGUGAAGGCACUAAUUAAGGCUGCUUUUUCCCUUUUAGUGUACUGCCUUGAAUAAUUGAAAGCACAAACAUGAAAUUGAAAGCAUAACACCUGAGUUAUUAUGCUGCAUUGCUAGUGAAGAAUCAUGGCAGAAGGAAUAUUUUUAUACUUUGUGUUUAACCUGCUAGUGCCUGGUGCAAAAGCAUCUCAAUUCUUGAUUCACUAAAGCUUAUGAUAGCAGAUCCCUUGAUAUCUGUGAAAAGAGCAAGAUUUGGGAAAGAAUUAUAUUAUUCUACAAAGUCGUAGAAUGAUGUAGAUGGAAAGGAGCCUCCAAAGGCCUUAGUCCUACGUUUCUGUCAGAUUAAAGACAACUUUAAGCAGUUACGCAAAGAGUUUUUUAAAAUCUUGUAAUUUUUUUAAAAAAUAAAAUGGAACAAAUUCUCUGUUCUUCACAGUCUUCACUGUGAAUUUGCUUCCUUAAUGUGUAACUAGGCUUUAAACAUACUACAUUCUAUGUCUUUUGCCUUUUUCUCUGUUAACUGUGUAACUGAAGAGGAUCUGGCUUCAUCUUCUCUAUACUGUGGCCUUAAGUUGUUAAAGAUAGGUUUAUAGUUUCUUUAACAUAUGUUACUAAUUUCUGUUUGUGAACUAUGGGUAAUGUGCACAGCGUAAGUUGGAAUUUGGGCACGUGGUGUGAUUCUUUGGAGCUCUCUUGUGCAGGGCCAGUAGCUGAACUCAAUGAUCAUUGUGGGUCUUUUCCACUUCUGCAUAUUCUAUGAUUCUGUGACUAUAUGGUUAUGCCUUCUGUAUAUGUCAUGUCCUUGCAUCAGCUCUGAGUUGCCUCCUAGUCCAUUUUUUUGGAUAAGUGCGCACUUGGUUCAAAGUGUAGUAAGGCUUUUUUUAACAACCCAGGAGCAGCUAAGUGCCUUUUCAAAUGAUCCUUGAUUUGUUAUAUAAUGGUAAAACUUCAGCUUCUUUGAAUUUCUGCAGAACUCUUCAAACAUCAGAACCGGUUUCUGAAACUUUGACUCAUAAUUUAACUCAGUGCCUUGUCUGCUGGUCCUGUAAGUUGCACUGGGUUUGUAUACUGAUAAAUUGAGGUCCUUUUUAUUUGGAAGAUAUUCCACAUAUCAGUUCAUUUUCUGAUUACAGACAGCCAACAUAUGUUUAUACGCCAAGAAAAUUGUUAGUCUUUGUGGACAGAACUGCCAGUAAGGUCUGUCUGAUCAAUUAUCUUGCCCUCCUCUUACUGAUGUCAGGAGGAAAGUGAUAAGUGGGGUUUUUUAUAAGAGAUGUAGGCUUACUACUUGCCAUUUUAUGUUGUUAGCUUAUACUUCCAUUUUUCACAUGAGAGGUCAGCUGCCUACAAAAAGCAUUAUUUUGCCUUAAUCUUUGGCCCUGAUAUGUUGUUAGCUAGUGCACAACUACCAGACUUUGUUUCACCACAACAGUAAUAAGACUAUGCUAGUCCGAUUGCACAGAAUUUUUUCUUUAAAUAAACUUGAUCUGUCUCUGAAGUUUGGUUUGCUGUGUACAAGAACUUUUGCCUGCUUUUUUCAAAGCAAAUCAUAACAGUUAGAAUAUAAAAUUUCUGAAGUAUUUAACUUCAGGGAUUUGUUGAUGGGGGAUGUGAUAUAGGAACAAAAUUGGACCAAAGUUUUUGUGCCUUCAGUAGUUUUAUAUGUAGGAUUUUUCAUAUCUGUAGGUGUCUUAAGUAUAGUAAAUACAUUUUUCCCCUCUGGAAAAUGUAUAUUUAUAUUGUGAAAAAUUAAUAUUGUUUACUGACUAUACAAGGAGUGAACUACAGCUGUUUCAAUAUAGAUUUAAUUAUUCUAUAGUCUUUCUCAUUACAGUUUUUUCUUUUCAGUAAGUAGGAAUCCAAGCAUAACUCACAUUAUUUCCAACUUCAGAUAAUAAUGACAUGUUGUGCUUGGAGCAGUCCCAAAGGAAUUAAAUGCUUACAUAAUUGAAGGUCCUUGAUAAAUGAAGAAAGCUUUUACUUUUGCAGAUUAAUGUCAUCACUGUAAGCACUUUUUCAGUUCUUGGAAACUGCUUUAUUUAUGAGUGGGAAGCAACCACACAUAAACUUGUUUUGAGGCACUUUCCAAUUGUUUUUGAAUAUGUUACCCACUUUCUGCAGAAGUUCAGCAUAGAACUGCAGUAGCACAAGACAAAAGUUGUUAACUAACAAAUUCUUGCAUCAGAAUGUCACUUCACCCUCUGGCCAAAGACUCUUCUGGUUUUACUGAGGUAUAUGAAAACUUGUUUUCUCUCACACUACUUUCUGAUGGGAAGACCCAAUGCAAAGUGGCCUCUAUUUGAGACUUUACUGAUGGUAGAAACAGUGGAAAGUGAGAUAGUAAUGUCAAGGAAAUGGUGUGAGAGAAGGCAAAAGGUUAAUAUGUUGCUUUUGGUACUGUACUCAAGACACAGUAAACGUCUCUAAGAAUUGCCAUCAUUCUCUCAUGUCACAUGAUCUGUUCAUAAAAGUUCCCUUUCAGUCUAUAAAAAUGUUCAUCUAAUACAGGAAAAUACUGUAAAUGUUUGUAACAUCAUGUUAUGUUUGGUUUUUGUCUGUAUAAAUCUGGCAAAAGAGUGUUUGGGGAAACAAAUGGAAAUGUAAAAUGUUUUUAUAUAAAAAGAUUGUCUGUAUAUUUUAAUAAGCAAAAGCUUUCAUUUGUAAAGCAUCUUGUGGCAUUGCAUGAAAAGUAUUCCAUAUCUGUGGAGAUUACUUAAAACUGAAAGAAGAUAUAAGAUGUAUUAAAGAAACCUAUUUUGUGACUGUUUAGUGCAUGGUGAGUUUGAUUUUGUUUGUGCUGUAAUAUAUUCUGGUUUUUUAGGUUAGUGUGUUUUCUGAUUACAUGAUAUCUAUACCUAACUAAUUUCCUAACUCUAGUUGUUUUAGCAUGUCUUUCAAUAAAUGUAAUUGUGGUUGUACUCCUAAGUU